CGAAGAGCUACGGUUCAGGUCGCCCUCCUCCCGAUUCGAGAGAGAGCCUCACGCUACCUCACCUCCGGAAUCAACCUUCUUCUCUUACGGCCUACCGCUACUACUAGUUACUACUAGUUACUACUACUACAACUACUACUACUACUAUUACUACUACUGUUACUACUACUAUUACUACUACUACUACUAUUACUACCUCUCCCCGGAGUCGUCCAUCCUCGUCCUCGUAGUAGAGUACCACGAGACACCACGCGUUAGCUUGAGAACCGGCUUGAAGGACACCACGACCGGCUUUUUGAGACGCAUAUAUAUAUAUAUAUACGCGUGUAUAUGUAACAAUACAAAAGUCGAGCAGCAGCAGCAGCAACAGCAGCAACAGUCAGCCUACAUAUAUAUAUGUAUAUAUAUAUAUAUUGUACAUCUAUAAUUAUUCGAUAAAUGAAAGAGUAAACGCGCCUAAGAGAGCAGCACGACACACACACACAUAAACACACGUAUACACGCAUAUACAUCCUCCGUGGUCGACGUUCAGCUUCUCUCUCUCGGAAGGCUUUCAAGCUUUUUUGCCCAACUGUACCACCGCUCUGGUUGCUAAAGCGCGCGCCCUCUAUAAAGCUGUUCGAGUGCAUCGCGCGAGGAUAAAAGGAGGAUCGAAGGAAGGAUCGAAGGAUUAUUACUACCACGCCUAUAUUACCUCUAAAGAGAAAGAAAGAAAGCGGAAAAAAGGCUUGACAACAAUAACAGCGGCAGCAACGACAACAAUAAUAACAACAGCAUCGCCUAAACGAAUCCACGAAGCCUAAUCGUUGACAAUAUACAUAAUAUAUAUAUAUAUAUAAUAUAUACAUACGUAGAAAAGAGAAAGAAAGAAAAAGAACGAAACGUUUGUUUGGUGGUUUGUUGCCAACGUUUGAUACUCCUGUUUCUUCACUUUCUUCUCACCAACACGUGAGAAUUCUUCUUCCUCUUUCGCCAAUCGCUACCGCAAAUUCCCCCCCGUCGCACCGAUCUCCAACCUCGAGGACUCGAGACGCGACCACCUUCUCUCACUCUGCGAACACCUUCUCCACCUGGAGAACUUUAAAAAGUCGGUGGCGAGGACAGAGAAAGGAUAGAGAAAAAGAAGGAAAAAGAAAAGAAAGGAAGCUCUCUUUCUCCACGUUAACCACGCUUAACACAAGCUUAACCGGCAAACAGCGCUAAGAGCCGCGCACACUGGUCUCUCACCCGACUAAACGGCUGCGAUCGAUAACGAGUGGUGUUUGAUAAAGAGCAACCGAGGCGAUAACGGUGUGUGUGUGUGUAUGAUCGUCUAAAAAUAGUAUAGAGAAUUGGCCGUACGUACAUUUGCCGGUGACAAUCGUAGCAAGCCUUUACACGUACACACGGACGGGUGUUCGAUAAUAUAUUAUAAUAAUAUUAAUAAUAAUAUUAACAAUACGCGACAACGAAGGUAGCGAGGCGAAUUAAAAAAAAAAAAGAAGGAAAAUUAAGAGGAAGAGAGAGGACCGAGAGGGUUUUUCGUAAAAGUUAGAGAAGAUAAGUCUUCGGCACGGUUCUUUGCCGCGUGUUCUUUUUUUUUUUUUUUCCUACCGCGAUUCGCACCCACCACGGAAGAUAGAAAAGGGAGGUCCGAGGAUAGAGAAACUCUACACGGAAGAUAGAAAAAAGAUCGAAGAUCUGCAGACUCGCCACUUGGGACUCGUUCAUGGGACAAUAAGUUACUCCUCGCUCCUACUCAAAGAAACGCUUCUUGCUCGAAAAAGACGGUGCGAGUGAACGCGACCGUGAACAGGCUACGUGGGGAUCGAGAGGAAGAGGAGAGAGAUAAAGUUGAAAAGUCGGGUCGAAUAGCCGGACUUUUGUGUUAUCCUUCGCUUCGAAGAGGAAGUUAUAAGUCCCACGGUCUUCCAGGACUUGGAAUUAUGGCAAUGGUCAACAUGAAUAACCUGCUGAACGGCAAGGACUCCCGGUGGCUGCAGCUAGAGGUUUGCAGAGAGUUCCAGCGCAACAAGUGCACCAGGCCCGACACGGAGUGCAAGUUCGCCCAUCCACCGGCUAACGUCGAGGUGCAGAACGGACGGGUCACCGCUUGCUACGACAGUAUCAAGGUAAGCGUUCAAUCUUCUUCUUCUUCCUCCUGUUCUUCUUCGAACGGCUCAAUUAAUCAAAGGUGGUUAAUGGCGGAAACGAGGUAACAAAGUUAUUCCAAUAAGAAAUCGAAGGAUUGAAACACCAUAAUUAACUAGAUAUAUAUCGAUUAUUUCCCCUUCCCCCAUGAAUGUUGCAGUUAAAUACGAAUAUUCAACCGAUCCGUAAUAUAUCCUCGCGUAUAAUAUCUCCGCGUGUAAUUAGUAAUUACACACUAGAUUAUUUGCCAGGUAAACACAUAUUUGAUUAAACUGCAUUCGCGGCGUAUUGUAAUGGCCAUUACGAAUUCGCCGUGCUUAAAUUACUACUCGAAUUAUGCCCCGUAUACAACCGGCGCACCAACUAUUGCACUUCGAUUCAAGUACCAAUAGAACGAAUCGAUAGUCGAUAGUCUCGUGUUCAACAUCUUCGCCAAUGGUACGUAACUAUCGAGGGCGUUAUUAUUGCUUUCCCCUGUUGUUUCAUUAAUUAUCAACAAUUGGACGCCGAUAUAAAUCGAUAUAU